GCGCCUGUGAAACACUGACGCGUCCAGCAGGCGGCGCUGAUCAGACAUCACUGAUCGAUCACGCGCGUCAUCGCUGACAGGCGGCGCAGUCGAGCGGUGACGUCAUCGAGCGAGUGAAGAUGGCGGAUCCGAGUGCAAAACAAACUGGGCAGAAAAGCGUGAAGAUCGCGGCGGGAGCCGUCGUGUGUGUGGAGAGUGACAUCAGAGGAGACGUGACCAUCGGAGCUCGGACCGUCGUUCACCCGAAGGCUCGGAUCAUCGCGGAGGCCGGACCCAUCGUGAUCGGAGAGGGAAACCUGAUCGAGGAGCAAGCCUUGAUCAUCAACAGUUUUCCCGAAAACAUCCUGCCCGACGCCGAGGAUGUGGAGCCCAAAACCAUGAGCAUCGGGAUCAAUAACGUCUUUGAGGUCGGAUGCGUGUCUCAGGCCUUGAAAAUCGGGGACAACAACGUCAUCGAAUCCAAAGCUGAAGUCGGGAGGAACGUGAUUCUGACCAGCGGCUGCAUCGUCGGCGCGUGUUGUCAGGUGAACACGUGUGAAGUGAUUCCGGAAAACACGGUGAUCUACGGCUCCGAGUGUUUGAGGCGCGUUCAGACCGAGAGACCGCAGCCUCAAACGCUGCAGCUGGACUUCCUGAUGAAGAUUUUGCCGAAUUACCAUCAUCUUAAGAAAACGGUGAAAGGAAAUUCGACUCCGGCGAGGAGCUGAAAUCACAGCUGAGAAUCUGAACUAUAGAAGAGGAACGCAGAUUUGCUUUUGCUUACAGUUUAUUUCCUGCUGUUGUGCUGCACAUAAUGUUUCUGUAUGAGGUUGUAAGUUAUUGAUGCAUUAAAGACUCUGUCACGUGUG